AUAGCACGGUCCUCCAGUGGAGGAAUCAAAGCAGCAGCCGAGCUCUCCGGCUUGGCUUGGCUUGGCUUGGCUUGGCUGACUGGGGCUAGCUAGCGGCACUAGAAGAUGCCUAGGCCAGCGUCUCUGACCAACAACACGGCGCCGUUCGUCCGUUAGUCGUCGUCGGUGGCGGCGUACGUGUCCGCUAAAGCGAGCCAUGGGCUCGCAGACCCUCCAGAUCCUCAGGCAGGGGGUCUGGGCUUCUAUCACCGGCGGGUGGUACUACGACCCCGACCAGAAUACGUUCGUCAACGCGCUCCAUCUUUACAUCUGGCUCUUUCUGCUAUGCUUCCCCUUCACGCUGUACAUGGCGUUGCCGUCCACCAUGGUCAUCGUGGGCAUCUACUGCGGCGUGAUCGCCGCCAUGUUCCUGCUGCUCAAGACGGUCAACUACCGCUUGCACCACGCACUGGACGAGGGCGAAGUGGUCGAACUGCAGGCCAAGAAGACGCAGGGCAGCGCCGAGGGGUCAUGCAAUGUCGGCGCCGCACGACGGCAGGACAGCAAUGGCCCGGGAGACCCCGGAGGGGGGAUCGAGAUGGCCGACUUCAUCAGGCAAGAAACGCCGCCGGUGGACUGCAGCUCGCGCAACUCCUACAUCGGGAUGGAGCAGCAGACGGCGUCCACCCUCGGGAGAGCGACGGGAGCCAAAGAUGUGGGAAAGACGUCAGACGACAUCAGCUUGACUCUGGUGGAGAGCUGCAGUCACGAUCACGAUCUGCUCUCAGACACAAAGAUGUACUGCCUGGUUCCCAACGACUCCUUCGCCUCCCUGCAGCCCUCCACCUCCUUGUGUCCGUCCGAGCUGUCCCGAGAACCCGCCGAGCUGUGCAACGCCAGCGCGUACCACUGCGGCCUGUCGCACGAGGACGCCGCCCAUCACUUGUCCUCGCAGUCGCAGACCUUUCGGAAGGAGCCCCGAUCGCGGGGAUUACCUCGGACCUCUAGCUCGGCGGGGUCCGCCUUCCCCGACCCGGGCAUGCCGGAUUUUACGCUCUAUCCACCACCCCGGAGGGGCGGCCUGGAUCCCGUGCGCGAGCUGGAGGCCGCUAGGCCGCAACGGGAGGCGGGCGAGCGGCUCUACCAGCAGGACCAAGCGGUGGCCUCCACCUCGGGGCUGGAAUGUUACAGGAACAAGAACCCGCACAGGGUAUCCCGCUCCGUCUCUAGAGAAGCCGGAGAGGGCAGCUCAGGUUUGUACCAGGGGGAUUCGGGCGGCGGCAGGAAGGGCCCCGACGUCGGGAGAAAAUCCCGGCGGGGCGAGCGCAGCGCCGAGAGCCUGCGCAGCCUGAGCGCGCGCAGCAGCGGCUCCACCGAGAGCUACUGCAGCGGCACCGACCGCGACACCAACAGCACCGCCAGCAGUUUUCACAGCGAGCAGACCAGCUCCACGCACGUGGAGAGCCUGCUGUCGCUCUCGGGGGACGAACGCAUGCGGGAGCGGGUGGACGCCGACAGCAGGGCGUGUUCUCGGGGUGUUCGCGGCCUACCCUCCAGGGAGGCCAACAAGAACCCGCACGCCAACGAACUGACGGCUAACCGGCCAGGCACAGUCGCGUCCUCCGCGCCUCCCGAGCUCACCGAGGGCAGCGGGAGUCCGGAAGAUCCGAGCAUCAGGACCGGUGCCGACGGCUCGGUCGAAGCGGUCGCCGUGGACCGCGUCGAGCCAAACAACGUUGUUCAGAGGACUUGCUCUCUGUCUACUGGCCGCACCGGGCGGCGGCGGACGGGCAAGAAACGGGCGAGCAGUUUUGACGCCAGCCGCCACCGGGACUACAUGUCGCCGCGCGGGCUGGCCAAGCCUUGCAGCGCCGUGUUCGCCGGAGGCGGCGGAGAGGAGGACUCCAGCGACCACAGCGAGCAGAGCUGCGCCUCCAGUCUCCCCUCAGCCCGCCACUUGAGCACGGACAGCUCCUCCAGCGCCACCUCUCGCUCCUGCCACUCACCCGAGGGCCGCUACCGGGCCCUCAAAGCCAAGCAGACCGCAGCCGGCGCGGCGUCGGAAGCACGGGCGGGAGGGCGGCGGCGCGCCUCCCGGCGUACCCCCAGCACGGGCAACGCCAGGACGCACGCCCGCGUGUUGAGCUUGGACAGUGGCACCGCCGCCUGCCUUAAUGACCCCACGCGCCUCGGAGCUCCCGCUGGGCCGCGACCCCUCACCACCUCCAAAUCUGACCUGGAAGCCAAAGAAGGGGAGGUUCUGGAUGCCGCCUCCCUGCUAGGUCGCGCCUCCCAGCUGGAGUCGGUGACACGCUCCAGGAACAGUCUGCCCAGCCAGGCCGUGUUCUUGGAGUCUCAGGACGCCGCCGCUUGCCUUCGGGCCCCCGGCAGCGAGGAGACGGUGGUCUUCCGCCGUGAGCGGAGCACGUUUCGCCGGCAGGCGGUGCGACGGCGGCAUAACGCGGGCAGUAACCCCACGCCGCCAUCCUCUCUCAUUGGCUCUCCCCUCAGCCUCCAGGAGGCGCUCAGUCAAGCGUCCCAGCCUCCCACCAAGUCCACUCAGCCGUCUCGCACCGCCUCCCAGGUGACGGUGCUGAGCGCCAGCGCCUCCCUGCUGGCCAGGAAUGGAAGCGCACACCUGGAUGGUUCUCAGGACAAGGCCUCGACUGUCGGCGCCAGCAGCUUGCAGGACGACCUCGGAAAACUCACACCCUCCUUGUAUGAGGCCAUGGGGUGCGACAUGUCCCUGGUCAACUUUGAACCCGCCACCAGACGAGCCUCCAAUAACAUUUGGGACACAGAUUCCCACCUUUCCAGUUCUACCUCAGUUCGCUUCUUUCCUCAUGACCUGAUCCGCCUGAACCGCCUGCUCACCAUGGACCCGGAGCUGCUGGAGCAGCAGGACGGAGACCUGAGCCCGGAUCUCCACAUUGUGACGCUGGGACCCGAUGAGCCGGUGCGCGCCCCCGUCGCCAAGGCCAAGCAGUACUACCGAUUGUGGCUCAUGCCUUACCUGUGGGUGGGGCUUCACUUCGACCGCCUCACUCUGCUGGCGCUGUUCGACCGGAAUCGAGAAGUUCUGGAGAACGUGCUGGCCGUGGUGCUGGCCGUCCUGGUGGCCUUCCUGGGCUCGGUGCUUUUGGUGCACGGGUUCUUCACCGACAUCUGGGUCUUUCAAUUCUGCCUGGUCAUCGCCAGCUGCCAAUAUUCUUUGCUCAAGAGCGUUCAACCAGACUCCUCUUCCCCGCGUCACGGCCACAACCGCAUCAUCGCCUACAGCCGCCCCGUCUACUUCUGCCUGUGCUGCGGUCUCAUCUGGCUGCUUCACUACACCAGCUUGAGGACGAGCUCCUCCCGCUUCACGCUUUACGGCGUCGCUCUCACCAGCUCGCUCAUCCUCGCCUCUGCCAGGGACCUCGUCAUAGUGUUCACGCUGUGUUUCCCCAUCAUUUUCUUCGUGGGCCUGCUGCCGCAAGUCAACACGUUUGUCAUGUAUUUUUUCGAGCAGCUGGACAUCCACAUUUUUGGCGGCAACGCCUGCACCAGCCUACUGUCGUCCCUCUACAGCGUCCUCCGCAGCGUCCUCACCGUCGCGCUGUUGUACGGCUUCUGCUACGGCGCCCUGAAGGAAAACUGGGAGCCUCAUCACAUCCCUGUGCUCUUCUCCGUCUUCUGCGGGCUGCUGGUGGCCGUGUCGUACCACCUGAGCCGGCAAAGCAGCGACCCGUCUGUACUCAUCUCGCUGAUACAGUCCAAAAUGUUGCCCAACCUGAGAGACAGCAACCCGGAGGACCCCUUGUCAGAAGUGCAGGACCCCCUGCCUGAUAAGCUGAGGGCCUCUGUGAACGAGCGUCUGCAGUCGGACUUUAUCGUGUGCGUGGUCAUCGCCGUGCUCUACUUCGCCAUCCACGUCAGCACGGUCUUCAUCGCCCUGCAGCCUUUCCUGAGCUACGUGCUCUACACGUUGCUGGGCACGGUGGGGCUGCUCACCCACUACUUGCUACCACAAGUGCGCAAACAGCUGCCCUGGUACUGCUUCUCGCACCCGCUGCUCAAGACCAAAGAGUAUUACCAGUUUGAAGUCAGAGACGCGGCUCACGUCAUGUGGUUCGAGAAGCUCCACGUGUGGCUGCUCUUCGUGGAGAGGAACGUCCUCUACCCUCUCGUCAUCCUCAACGAGAUGAGCGGCAGCGCGAGGGAGCUCGCCAGCCCCAAGCGACUGGACACCGAGGUGGGCGCGCUGAUGAUCACCGUGGCGGGGCUGAAGCUGCUGCGCUCGUGCUACAGCAGCCCCACCUACCAGUACAUCACCGUCCUCUUCACCGUGCUCUUCUUCACCUUCGACUACCGCCACAUGUCGGAGACUCUGCUGCUGGAUCUCUUCCUCAUGUCCAUCGUCUUCAGCAAGCUGUGGGAGCUGUUCUACAAGCUGCACUUUGUCUACACCUACAUCGCACCCUGGCAGAUCACCUGGGGCUCAGCCUUCCACGCCUUCGCUCAACCCUUUGCCGUGCCCCACUCGGCUAUGCUUUUCGUCCAAGCUCUGGUCUCGGCCGUCUUCUCCACCCCACUCAACCCUUUCCUAGGCAGCGCCAUCUUCAUCACGUCUUAUGUCCGGCCCGUCAAAUUUUGGGAGCGUGACUACAACACCAAAAGGGUGGAUCACUCUAACACUCGGCUGGCCUCGCAGCUGGACAGAAAUCCAGGCUCGGACGACAACAACCUCAACUCCAUCUUUUACGAGCACCUGACUCGCUCGCUGCAGCACAGCCUUUGCGGCGACCUGCUGCUGGGCCGUUGGGGCAACUUCAGCACGGGCGACUGCUUCAUCCUGGCUUCGGACUACCUCAACGCCCUGGUUCACCUGGUGGAGAUCGGCAACGGCCUGGUCACCUUCCAGCUCCGAGGGCUGGAGUUCCGAGGUACUUACUGCCAGCAGAGGGAGGUGGAGGCCAUCACCGAGGGCGUAGAGGAAGACGAGGGCUGCUGCUGCUGCGAGCCGGGCCACCUCCCGCACAUCCUGUCCUUCAACGCCGCCUUCGGCCAGCGUUGGCUGGCCUGGGAGGUGCUGGUCACCAAAUACGUCCUGGAGGGCUACAGCAUCACCGACAACAGCGCCGCCUCCAUGCUGCAGGUUUUUGACCUGCGACGCAUCCUCACCACCUAUUAUGUUAAGGGGAUCAUCUACUACGUGGUUGCCUCGCCCAAGCUGGAAGAGUGGCUGUCCAACGAGACCAUGAAGGAGGGUCUGCGGGCGUGCGGCGAGAGGAACUACGUGGACCUGGAUCCUACCUUCAAUCCUAACAUCGACGAAGACUACGACCACCGGCUGGCCGGCGUCUCCAGGGACAGUUUCUGCAGCGUUUACCUGGGCUGGAUCCAGUACUGCAACUCUCGCAGGGACAAGCCUCUGGACAACGAGAGAGACUCACCUCUGGUGCUGCUUUGCUUCGGCCUGUGCGUACUGGGAAGGAGAGCGCUCGGAACGGCAGCUCAUCACAUGUCCAGCAACCUGGAGUCUUUCCUGUACGGGCUUCACGCUUUGUUCAAAGGAGACUUCCGCAUCUCGUCGGUGCGAGACGAGUGGAUCUUCGCCGACAUGGAGCUUCUCAGGAAGGUGGUGGUCCCCGGCAUCCGGAUGUCCCUCAAACUCCACCAGGAUCACUUCACCUCGCCCGACGAGUACGAGGAGCCGGCGGUGCUUUUCGAGGCCAUCUCAGCCCACCAGCAGAACCUGGUCAUCGCCCACGAAGGCGACCCGGCGUGGCGCAGCGCCGUGCUGUCCAACGCCCAGUCGCUGCUCGCUCUGCGCCACGUGCUGGACGAGGGCACCAACGAGUACAAGAUCAUCAUGCUCAACCGCCGAUACCUCAGCUUCAGAGUCAUCAAGGUCAACAAAGAGUGUGUGCGAGGCCUGUGGGCAGGCCAGCAGCAGGAGCUUGUGUUUCUACGGAACCGCAACCCGGAGCGCGGCAGCAUCCAGAACGCCAAGCAGGCGCUACGCAACAUGAUCAACUCGUCAUGCGACCAGCCCAUCGGCUACCCUAUCUACGUGUCGCCGCUCACCACCUCCUACUGCAACUCGCACCCGCAAUUGGGCCACGUCUUGGGCGGGCCCAUCAGCAUCGCCAACAUCCGCAACUUUGUGGUCAGCACUUGGCACAGGUUACGAAAAGGCUGCGGCGCAGGUUGUAACAGCGGAGGGAAUAUCGAGGAUCCCGACGGCGGCGGGCUGUCCUGCGGCAGCGGCAACGGGAUAGCGGGUGACUCGCAGCAGAGCUCCAUGUCUCACGGUGGCCAUUCCGGACCCGGCGGCCGUCACUCGUACCAGCCGCACGCUCUGGGCUCCAGUCAGAGUUCCCAGUCUGUCCAGUCCAGCCUGGUGCGCCACUCCCCGGCCCGGGCCUCCGUGGCAAGCCAGUCGUCGUCGUACCGCUACGGCGGCAGCAGCCGCCACUCGUCGUUGCGCACGUCCGCCACGGGCCUGGAGGCGUGCCGGCGCUCCUCCACCAGCCAGCUGUCCCUGCGCACGCUGCCCACCUCCCUGCAGCUGCGGCUGGGUUCCAACUCGGACUCGGCCGGCCCGUCGGCGUCGCUCUCCAGCCACAGCAUCCCGCCGUGCAAGCGCCACACGCUGGUGGGCCUUCUAGGGAACGACGGCCUGUGCGGCGUGGUGAUGGAUCCCCUGGGUCAGCAUCACCACCACCACCAGCAGCAGCAGCAUCUUCAUCAUCAUCACCUGCACCACCACCAUCACCACCUGCAGCAGCACAACCCCGUGGUCUCCACGGUGCGCAGGGACGACAUCUCCUACAGAGUGCAGAUUGUGGACCCGGGUCAGGUACUGGAGAGCAUCAACGUGUCCAAGAGAAAGGAGCUACAGUGGCCCGACGAGACGGUGCGAUUGCGGGCGGGGAGGACCUGCUGGAGGGACUGGAGCCCCCUAGAGGGCAUGGAAGGACAUGUGAUUCACCGGUGGGUGCCUUGCAGCCGUGAGCCGGCCAACCGCUCCCAUAUAGACAAGACCAUCCUGCUGGUACAGGUGGACGAAAAACUGGUGCCCAUCGUCGAAACGGGCGUCAUCGAACUGGGCGCCGAGGUUUGACAGGGCGUCCAAAAUCGCAAGCACACAGGAAGCGGGAGCGCUCGGAAUUGAAACGCAAGGCUCGCUGCUAACAGUUAAAUGGAAGUCGGAAGGUUGAGCGUGAGUUAAAUUGCAUCACACAAUGAGGUCGAUUAUCAUCGGCCGCUAACUACCUGCCGUCAUCAAUUAUCAAAGCUUGAGCACGUUGUCAACUUUGGAUGCGGUAUUGCAAUAUGUGGCCGACUUGGCGCUUUGACAUCGAGAUUGAAUGCCAACGUUAUUCACCACUCAACGGCUACAGUAAGUAGCUACAGUUGUCACUUAUUGAAGAUCUUUGCAUUUGUGACAUUGCGCAAUGUGGUUGAGUCACCGCUAUUUGCUGCUAGCAUCACUUUUGAAAACAGGAACUGGGAGUUAUACCUCCACCCAACCCGCUCCGUCAGCAGAGUGGGAAUCGAACCACAGGGAAAAACAAAUUUAAGCCGAGGCAGACUUUUUAUGAGUCUUUUUUUUUUUUUUUUUUUUUUUUUAAAGCACCUCCCUCCCUUUUGUCACAAUCUGCCUUGCUUUUAUCGUCUGGGGAAAAAUGCUGCAUGACAGUCAAGCUCAUUGAUUUCUAUGCAUUUUUGUGUUGAUACAUUUUGUGGUUGUUAAUAAUUUGCCAAAUAUGCCUGGUUUUUGUCAUUUCUGCUACCACGCCUGCCCCUGCACCGCCCUGUUGCCAUAACAACAGACAACGUCGCUUUGUAGUCAUUCCACUCGGAUUAGAUUCAAAGUAUUGACUUGCACUAUAUUUUUUAUUUACAGUGAUGCACUACAAUUGCAUAUAUAUAUAUAUAUAUAUAUAUAUAUAUAUAUAUAUAUAUAUAUAUAUAUAUAUAUAUAAAUCACUAUUUAUUAUGACAGACUCUGAAUGGCCGUGGUUAUACCGAUGCCUUGGAACGACGAUUAAAAUGCAAUCACCCUUCUUAUUUCUUUUCCCAACUUGAAUAUAACUUUUUAUUGUAUAUCCGUAUAUAUAUUUACACAAAUAUAUGUAUAUGUGUGCGUAUGUAUAAUGUUGAGUGUAAAAAAAUAUUUAUUACUGUGAAAAUACUAUUUACACUUUCCGCUUUUUGAGAUAAAAAAUGUUAAUGUAUUAAAGGACCAUGGGGUUGAAAACAACAUGCAGGUUUUUUCUGAUGGUUUGUUUAAAUAUUUAACUUAAUUGCUUUUCUAUACUGAGAAAUAAAAAAAUGAUUUAUUGCA